UCAUUGAUUAAUUGAUAGAUUCCCACGAAAGGGUUUCGCUUAAUAUGUUGAUUUAUUUAUUGAGAAUAUCAGGUGUUCGAUUAUUCUCCAUAAUUUGACGUUUAAUUGAUCCAUUAAUUAAUUGGGUCAAAAACUUCCCAUAUAAGUUUGAAUAUGUAAGGCACAAACAUUCUUUGGCAUGUUUAAUACAACACUUUUUGUGGUAACCAAAUAUCUUCUGAAAUAACAAUCUUGAUCAUUGAAUUGUAACCAUAGAACCCCAAUAAAUUUGAACACAUUUUGUUGAAAAAGUGUGUGUGUGAGAGAGAGAGAGAGUGUGUGUGUGUGUGUGUGAGAGAGAGAGAGAUCAGUGACUGGCUAGUAAUUUUAUAAGCAAUCUGGGACCCUCUGUUCAUGGAGUUAUAUAUAGUCCAUCCCUACAUCCUCAUGUGAUUUGUUGUCAUAUAUUCUGCAGAAAAACACACACACACACACUAACACACCUUUUCUCUUUCCGUUUGCUCCCCCAACUCUCACCUAUUGUUUUUUGUAGUUCCAAGAUUCAAAUUUUAUUUUUCUGUGUGUGUGUGUGUGUGUGUGUGUGUGUGUGUGUUUAUAGACAGACAUUCUUCCUCUGUUUUACAGUUAAGCUGCCGAGUUCCGACUCUGAUGCUUGUGUCUGAAUUUCUUUCCCCUUUGGAGAUUGGUUCGAAAGAAAAUAUUGAAGACCCAUUUCUUGGGGGAUGAAGACGAGGGAACUUCUGAGGCGAAAAGUGAGCAACUUUCGAUAUAUUGAGUGUUUUUAAAGUAGGAUUAAAGAUUCGGAUUUUUUUCGAAAUUGAAAGUAUUAUGAAUGAUUCUUGAAAUAACUGUCACUUCGCCAAGAUUAUAUCAUAUACUAGUUGUGAGGCAUUGAUCAUGGCAUCAAUUAGAAGAACAUUGUCGCCCGUUCCUCGACCCGGAGCUUUAAUGAAUGGCGGCGAAGCUUGCCAGGUGGCAUCUCCCUUGUCCAAAUCUUCGUCAAAUGCGCAAAACUACCCACCAAAUUCCGGUCCAUUUUCGUCUUCAUUCGAUUCCUUGGACUAUGCAUUGUACAAAACCCAGAAUUUUAUUCUCAGUAUAUUCUCGCAACGAUCUUCUAGGCCCUUCGACAGAUCAAAGUUAAAGGGAAAAAUUUUGAGAAAAGCAUUUCUGCAUUUCUUAACUUGCUUCAUUGUCGGUAUUUUUAUUGGACUCACCCCGUUUUUCCCAUUGGAUUUAUCCGCAAAUGUCGUCUCUAAAAACCAAGUAUUCAACGAGCUUUAUAGUUCAAGAAAGGAAAUGUCAAUAGUCGGCAGAUUUUCUCCGAAUGAAAAUUCUACAUCACAGAAACUGAGUGUUGAAUUCAAUGACGGAACUUUAGAUAAUUCGUCGAACUGGGCUUCUGAAGUGAUUUCCGAUAAGCUUCUAAUAAUUGUGACUCCAUCACACGCUAGGCCAAUUCAGGCCUACUAUUUGAACCGUUUGGCACAUACGUUGAAACGGGUCCCACAUCCUGUACUGUGGAUAGUUGUGGAGAUGAAUUUCCAGUCGGUAGAAACCGCUGACCUAUUGAGGAAUACUGGUCUUAUGUACAGACAUUUAGUAUGCAGUAGAACAAACUCUACUGAGAUAACCGAUAAUAGUGCGAGUUUGAGGAAUGUGGCUCUUUCACACAUUGAGGCGCACCGUCUUGAUGGAAUUGUUUAUUUUGCCGAUGAUGAUAAUAUAUAUUCGACUGGUGUCUUUGAACAAAUGAGGAAAAUCAGUCGAAUUGGGAUAUGGGUAGUGGCAAAGUUGGUGGAAAACGAAGGUGAUGUUUUUUUUGACGGUCCGAUUUGUAAUAGCUCUAAAGUGAUAGGGUGGCAUGUGGCUGACGUGGCGAAAAAAUCUAGAAGAUUCCAUGCUGAGAUGUCGGGUUUUGCAUUUAACAGUACUAUUAUAUGGGAUCCGAAGAGAUGGCACCGGCCUACAAUCGAGCCUAUUAGGCAGAUUGAGACGGUGAAAGAAGUUGUGCAAGCGAGCACAUUUAUCGAGCAAAUUGCGGAGGACGAAAGUCAAAUGGAAUGUUUUCCGACGAGUUCUUCAAGAAUCAUGGUUUGGCAUCGUAAUAAUAAGUAGUUGCAUGCAAUGUACUUUAAAAAAAAUGUUUUUGUUUAAUUUUUUUUCAUUUAUUUGUGGAUAUUGAGAGAGCUCGGGAAAAAUACGCAAUGAUGAAAAGGUGUAGGAAAAAAAACACGUCGAAUAUCAUAUAUGGAGAGAAUGAGUGCAACUUACUUCAUUCUUUUCCUAUUUUCUUCCUCAAAAGAAAGAAUAUAAUGCACUCUCUCUCUAUUGCUCUCGUUGUUUCUCUCUCUAGCUAGUUGUUCGAUAUGGUGCCGAAUAUCGAUCUGAUGGUUCUUGCACUAAUUCAUGGUUCGUUCAUAUCUUGCGUGCUUCUUGUUGUUACGCUGGU